CUAACCUCUCGGCCAAUUUUUCCUUUUCACCUGUCGUUGGCUGUCCCAUGCAGACAGCCAGCGGUGACGUUCGUCACAGUGGCGCCGCCAUCCCAACACAGCUCCCCGCCUGCCGGCAGCCCCACUAGACCCCUCAACGACAAAAUCAACUCGAGGGCUCGUCUACUAGCAGGCCAUCUAAACAACACCCCUUCCUCUUCCACAGCUCUCCACACAGCUGCCACGAAGAAGUCGCCCACCAUGUCUUACACCACCCGCAAGAUUGCCGCCCCCAACACGCUCGAGCACCGCAUCUUCAUCGAGAAGGACGGCCAGCUCAUCUCGCCAUGGCACGACAUCCCCCUCUUCGCCAACGAGCAGGAGACCAUCCUCAACAUGGUUGUUGAGGUGCCGCGUUGGACCAAUGCCAAGAUGGAGAUCUCCAAGGAGGAGCCCCUCAACCCCAUCAAGCAGGACAUCAAGAAGGGCAAGCUCCGCUAUGUGAGGAACUGCUUCCCCCACAAGGGCUACCUCUGGAACUACGGUGCCUUCCCCCAGACCUGGGAGGACCCCAAUGUCGUCCACCAAGAGACCAAGGCCAAGGGCGACAACGACCCGCUCGACGUGUGCGAGAUUGGUGAGCUCGUCGCCAAGCCCGGUGAGGUUAUCCAGGUCAAGGUCCUCGGUGUUAUGGCUCUACUCGACGAGGGCGAGACCGACUGGAAGAUCAUGGUCAUCAACGUAAACGACCCAUUGGCCCCCAAGCUCAACGACGUCGAGGAUGUCGAGCGCCACCUGCCUGGUCUCCUCCGUGCCACAAACGAGUGGUUCCGCAUCUACAAGAUCCCAGAUGGCAAGCCCGAGAACCAGUUUGCCUUCUCUGGCGAGUGCAAGAACAAGAAGUACGCCAUGGACAUUGUCCAUGAGUGUGCUGAGGCUUGGGAGAAGCUCAUCACUGGACAGACCCCCAAGGACGAGAUCAGCCUUACCAACACCACCGUUUCCAAGUCGCCAGAUCGCGCUGACGCUGGCUCGCUCAACAUUCCCGCUGGCGAGAACAAGGCACCUGCUCCCAUCGACCCCAGCAUCGAUAAGUGGUUCUACAUCUCUGGUGCCCCAUCCAACUAGGUCCAAUGGUUGCCCACCAUGGCCACGGAGUGAAUUUCGGGCAAGCGGCAAUGUGCGAUACUGCAUCGACAAUGUCUGAUGGCUAGCCUGGAUGACUUCUAUGGCAAAUACUGCGGUAAAUGGUAGAUACAAGUGCAUCAUGUACCGAUACAGAGCAGUAGAGACAAAAAAAUAGUAGAAAUCAUGAAAUCGUUACGCGAAAGGCCCAGCAAAAAAAAAAGCUACCAUGACGCCAGCCUCUGCUCUUUAUGGAUGUGUAUAUGUACAAUUAUUUGCAUCAAAUUGGGCCUUUAAUUGCCUGCUAGCUCCUCUUUUCGUGCCAGUGACCGUGAGUGUCUAUCUACCUCCUCGACGACUUGUGGGAUACGCAUGUUUGUGAGAUCCAG